AUGGCGUCCGGAGCUGCAGCUUCCUCAGUCCUCAGCCUGCUCCUCCUCGCCGCCUUCGCAGGCAGCGCGAGAGCAGCCACCUUCACCAUCACCAACAACUGCGGCUCGACGCUGGACCCGGGGCAGACGUGGACCGUGGACGUGCCGGCGGGGACCCAGUCCGGCAGGGUGUGGGGCCGCACGGGGUGCUCCUUCAACGGCUGCAGCGGGAGCUGCCAGACGGGCGACUGCUGCGUCGCGCUCUCCUGCAUGCUGUCCGGGCAGCCUCCCAUGACGCUGGCCGAGUUCACCAUCGGCGGCAGCCAGGACUUCUACGACAUCUCGGUGAUCGAUGGAUACAACCUGCCCAUGCUCUUUUCCUGCAGCACCGGCGUGACGCUCAACUGCGGCGGGUCUAGCUGCCCAGAUGCCUACCUGUUUCCCGCCGACAACACGAAGACACAUGCUUGCAGCGGCAGCAGCAACUACCAGGUCACCUUCUGCCCUUGA